CACCAACAUGGUAGGGUGGCCUCAGGGAAGCGUUAAGCAGGAGGUGGAUUGACCUUUUAAUUCUCGAUCGGUGACCUGAAGGGUAUCCGGAGGCUGUUAAGCACAUCUCUUCCCUUUGGUUUGCUCCAGAAAGAGCUGUCAUCGCAAGAUGCAGCUAGUGAGUGAGGCUCACGAUUUCGCUGUUCAUCCCUUUGCGGGAGGGGUGGGGGAGGGAGAUAAGAAAAAAGAAAUAUGUAUUUCCCACACUGACAGAGUAAUGCCAAACUCUCUGCGAGUGGGAAGAGCAGAGCAGAUGCUGGAAUGAGAUGCCAAAGCAGCUCCCCUUUCCCCUGCGCUUUUGGGUGCCUAUAAAUUGCUCCAGCGCGCUCGUCAGCCUCCUCCUCUCCUGGCAGGUGGCACUCGGGCAGGAUCCCGCUCUCCCUUCGGCUCCGGCUCCGGCUCCGGCUUCGGCGCGGCGGCGCGGACACUGGGCGGCGGGCACCGGGGCGGCCGGGAGGCGCGUCCCCGCUGAGGACAGUCGUCUCUGAGAAGAAAAAAAAAAGAGAGAGCGAGAGCGAGCAGGCGAGCGGGGCGAUCGCGAGAGGAAAGGCAAGUUCCAGGGAAAGUUGACUCGGACUGGCACAGCCUGCAAAAAAAAAAAGUCGAUCGCCAGCGGGAGCAUAAAAGUACGAGCGGCCGAGGCGCGGCGGCAGCGCUCCCUCCUCUCCCUCUCCGCUCCCUUGCCCGCCCGGUGGCUGCAGCGGCAGCACCGAAGCGCCGCGACCCGCGGGAGCCCCGCGCCACCGCCGGCCCGUGGGAGGGCGGCCGAGCCCCAGGGGAGCCGAGCUCGCACGGGCUCGGCGUUUUUUCGGCUCUGAGGAGGAACCCCGCCAACCAUCAAGAUUUUGUCCAAAAGCAGACAAGAGGAUCGCCCUGCGCUGAGCCGGCUGGUGGGCAGCAGGCGGCGGCUGAUCGCGGCCGGCGCGCUGGGGGUGGUGAUGGUGCUGCUGCUGGUCAUCCUCAUCCCGGUGCUGGUCAGCUCGGCCGGCACCUCGGCGCACUACGAGAUGCUGGGCACCUGCCGCAUGGUCUGCGACCCUUACGGCGGCACCAAGGCGCCCAGCACGGCGGCCACGCCCGACCGCGGGCUCAUGCAGUCCCUGCCCACCUUCAUCCAGGGGCCCAAAGGGGAGGCCGGCCGGCCGGGCAAAGCGGGGCCGCGCGGCCCGCCGGGGGAGCCGGGGCCGCCCGGCCCGGUGGGGCCGCCGGGUGAGAAGGGCGAGCCGGGGCGGCAGGGCCUGCCGGGCCCCCCCGGGGCGCCGGGGCUGAACGCGGCCGGGGCCAUCAGUGCCGCCACCUACAGCACCGUCCCCAAGAUCGCCUUCUACGCCGGCCUCAAGCGGCAGCACGAGGGCUACGAGGUGCUCAAGUUCGACGACGUGGUCACCAACCUGGGCAACCACUACGACCCCACCACCGGCAAGUUCACCUGCUCCAUCCCCGGCAUCUACUUCUUCACGUACCAUGUGCUCAUGCGGGGUGGCGACGGCACCAGCAUGUGGGCCGACCUCUGCAAGAACAACCAGGUUCGAGCUAGUGCGAUUGCUCAGGAUGCUGAUCAGAACUACGACUAUGCCAGUAACAGCGUGGUGCUUCACUUGGAGCCAGGAGAUGAAGUUUACAUUAAAUUAGAUGGAGGAAAAGCACAUGGAGGAAACAACAACAAAUACAGCACAUUUUCUGGAUUUAUUAUUUAUGCUGACUGAUAAUGAGUAAAAAGACCCACCAAACCAGUCCAAAAAUGAAGCCUGCUCUUCUAAGUGAUGGAUUUGCGUGGCAAAAGUCAAUGAAACAAGUACCCCAGCAGAGAGCGACCACCAAACACCUCAGUAGCGGGGGAAAAAAGUCAAAUGCUACCUGAUUCACAUCUGUACAACACAGAGAAAUCUUAUGUUAAAAAACGACAAAACAAGCUCAACAGAUGUGCGAUCCACUACCGCCAAAGCAAAUACUUCCUCAUUGUUAGUGUCCAUGUGAAUGAAGUUCUACAUAGAUCAAAUUUUUAUAGGAAAAAAGCCCACCUAAGGACGCUGAGUUAUUUCUUCAGUGUAUAUGAUACUUUGAUGUGCUAUGAUCUUGCUGCUUUAUCCAUACUUCAGCUUUGGUUCUUGUGACUUACUUGCUAACAAUGAUGCUUGGAGUCCACUGAUAGUGUGGUGAGGAAUGAUUUUACAAUAAAAGGAAGAGGUAAUCAAAAUAUACUUUCUCUCUGCAAAGAAAUUGUUUGCCUUGUACUUUUCUUACCCUUCCACUUAAAACUAGAAACUAAUCAUCUUCAAGCCUUAACUCAAUGUUCCUGCUUUGUAGGUUUACAUUAGACUUUUAACAUAAAAUCAGUCCAGUGGAGUUGUUUAAAUUUUGUCUUUCCCUUAGCUGUGUUCUAAAAGAAAAAGGAGGAUAGAAGAAACACUUUAAUUUCCCCUGAAAAAUGUAAUAGUUGACAAACUAUUCUAUUGGAUCAAAUCCCUGAUUCCACCAAAGCCAAUGGCAAAACUCCCAUUGCUAUUAGUGGAAAAGGGAUUUGGCUUUUUUAAUUUGUAUACGUGUAAAUAUAUAUUUAGACAAUUAUUACAGGCCCAUUCUUGAUGGUUAGUUAUGUAAAUAUUUAGAAAGCCUAUCAUCCACAUCAUCACACUAAGGUAGAGUGUUUUCUUUGCAGCAAUUAGUCUUCAUUAGUCUUUUAGCACUUAGUCUGUACUUGGGUACUAUUUUUAAUAAAGUAGUUAUGGAUUAAUAUACUGCAGAUGUUCCACUAGAAUUUUGUAGGAAUAUAAUGGGUCAAAACCUUAAUUGUCUUAGGUGUCUUGUCUCACUGAAGUUAGUGGGAUUCUUCCCACAAAGGAGGAGUGGGAGAUCUGACACAUAAGAAAAUGCUGUCACACAGAUCUUUUCCAUGGAAGCUAGUUACCAGUUUGUAGUAAGGUGUGCCUAUGAGAUGGACACAGUUGAGCAUAUUACCAAAAAUGAUUAACACAUAUGCAAAGAAAGAAGCAAAUAUUUACAUGCAAAAAAAAAGUGUGUAUUAAAACUUAUUUUUCUCAUUCAUAUAUGUAUAAAUAUAGAUAUAUAAAAUCUAAAAGAGGUUUAAUCCAUAUAUAAGAUUAAUGGCUUGGAGAAUUAAACUAAACACAGAUACUAUGAGUUACAUCGUUAUAAAAAUGCUUUAGAAUCAGUCAUACCAGUAACAUCCACAGAAUAUUUUUAUUCAGAAAAUGGAUUUAUUAUUUGUUUUGGUUUUGGGAGGCUGUCUGUUUCUCUCAUGUUAAAACUCGCAGAUUUCAUUCUAAACCUAAAUUUUAGCAAGAUUACUAAAUAGUUCUUUAGCACAGUUGGUUAUGUUAUUUAUUUUUAAUAUUUUGGCAAAAUCAAGGCAACAUUUCUAUAAAUCAUUAAAGUGUAAUAGAGGCUACCCCUACCAUUGCUAUUUCACGUACUUUGCCACAAGCAACCUUGUCUAAUGUACUAAGGGUACACACUCAGAUUUAUCUGCACUAAAAUGUCUGAAGUGUCUGCCACUGUGACAAAAAAGCUCUCCAGUGCUGGCUGCUCAGCAAAAGUCUGAUAAAGAUUGUACACAUCUCUCUAGAAAUCUCGUCUGAACAAGUGACACUUCUCUUAAACAGAGCAUGUUACUCUUUGUUUCUGUUCUGAGUUGUCCAAUUCAAAACAAAUGCCGAGUGAGUCUCGGCUGACGGAGAGGAUCACCAGGCAAACUCAUGUAGGGUUUAUAAGGGGACAUAGUGCUGCCAGCUGCUUGUGUAUUAUCCCACCAGAAUGGUUAAUGCUCUUACUUUAAGACAAAGUGCCAGCCUGUAUCUGUACAUUGUAGUGAUUCCUCCUGUUUUAUUUCUACGAGGCAAUUACUUUAAUAACGAAUGUGUAACUGAACUUGGUCUGUUUGCUCCACUGUUGUUUUACUGGUCAGUGCAUUCACACAGCAGUGUAGCUAGAGAUCCUCUAUGUAGUGCCACACACCGAUGCACCAAGCUAGAGAUCACUCACAACCAGCAGUGCGAUUUACUAAGGUGUUUAUUGGAAAGGCUCAAUACUACAAGAUGUAUAUGGUCAAAUUUGAAGAAGCUUUUGAAAUCACGCUCCCACUGCUACUGGAUAACACCAUUUUUCGGAUAGAUCACAUGCCCUGGUUAAAGUUAGGCAAGAGCAAAGAACACACUUUAUGUAAAAACCACAUAUAAGGCAAACAUUUCUUCCUUUUUCAUCAUAUCUUGAUAUACUGAUUUGUAAAGACUUAUAUCACAACCUUUGUUAUAACUAUUACAACUCAUUAAAACUGUAUUAUGUAAUAUA